GAGUGCAUCAAACUGGGCACCUAUGUGAGUGCAACGAAUUUAACAUCAAAUGUCUCAAUGUAACGCAAGUCACAAGCGAUUAUCAGUGAAGUAUGUCGAGGCCCUUAUCUGUCGUAUCCCUUGUCUAGGUUUGGUCUAGUCUAGUCUAUGGUAUUUAUUUUUGGAAGUCAAGUCAGUGUAGUGGAGAGUAGUAUGUGCGAUGAAAUAUUUUUUUGUCUUUUGGUAUCAAUUUUAUCAGUGUCCUCUUCAGUUACCAAAGUAGAAGCAACAAGUGUUUAAAUAUAUCAUCGUUCACAACUCAGUGUAAUUAUGAACAGGAAUCCAUAAGUCAUUUUGGUCCCUUCAAUCGUCUCGCAAAUUCCGGAAAUUGUUUGACAUCCUGUCGUAAUUACGUGUUUUAUGCUACCAGAAGCAAAGAGGACAUUCAAAAUCACAAAUUCAUAACAUGGUGCUAGAGUUUCUACACAAUGUCAACUGAAAGUUGCUUAGUAAAAGCAAUCUACUCAUUCAAAGGCAAGAAUAAUGACGAACUGUGUUUCAAAAAGGGUGAUAUUAUCACCGUUACUCAGAAGGAGGAAGGGGGCUGGUGGGAAGGUACCUUAGGGGAAACCACUGGGUGGUUCCCUAGUAAUUAUGUUACAGAAUGUAAAGAUCAAGCUGGAUCUUUAACUACAUCUCCUAUUAGAGCAGCAUCUGAAAUUCAAGCAUUUAGAAAUGUUGUCCUCAAAGACAUCAUUGAUUCAGAAAAGGCACAUGUGGCCGAGAUGCAGGGGCUGGCCAGUAAUUUCCUACAACCCCUGGAGAAUAGUGAUAUGCUAACAAGAGAUGAAUUCAAGCAAUUGACUGGUAAUAUAGAUGAGGUGCUACAAACUCAUGAACAGUUCCUUUCCCUGUUAGAAGAAUGUGCAACCAAAACAGGCCCCGACCAGCGGGUGGGUGGCCUUUUCCUGCAAUGGGCUCCAAAGAUAAAAUCAGUGCAUCAAACAUACUGUGCUGGCCACCCUAAAGCAGUGUGCAUCCUCGACAAAUACAAGGAGGAACUUAACACAUGGAUGGAGAAUGCUGGUGCCGUAUGCCCUGGAGUGUUAGUACUAACAGCAGGACUAUCCAAGCCAUUCCGUCGCCUCAGCAAGUACCCGGCGAUGCUACAAGAGCUGGCACGACAUGUUCACGAGGCACAUCCGGACAGGGGCGACACACAUCGCGCUUCAGUUGUUUACAAAGAUAUAGCUAGUGGCUGCGCAGCAUUACGGCGGCAAAAAGAGCUAGAGCUCCAAGUAGUAACAGGAGAAGUGCGCGGAUGGCCCGGUGGCGAGCUGGCGGCACUAGGCGAUGUCUUGCACAUGGGAAGUGUAGCGGUGGGCCCUUCGCACCAAGACCGGUACCUCGUGCUUUUCCCUUCGGCGCUUCUUUUGCUGUCUGUUAGUAAGAGGGUGUCCGCGUUUGUAUAUGAGGGUUGUCUGCCACUCACCGGUAUAACAGUCUGCAAACUGGACGACUCUGAAACAAGGAAGAAUGCAUUUGAAAUUAGUGGUCCAAUGAUAGACACCAUAGUAGCGGUGUGUCAGACACGAGCGGAGGCCGAUAACUGGGUCAGUUUGUUGCAAAAACAUUCGAACAACAGCAGUCCUGUUCAUGAACCUGGACAGCCGCAAUCGCUGCCACAUAUGGCCAUGACAGACGGCAAUAACCCUGAUUUAUCGUCGGGUCUAACCAGCCACAAAAGAUCACACUCAUUCAACAACCAUCAAAGCUAUUCGCAGCAUAACCAGCAAACGUCAAAAAGUAAACAAAAAAAUCAGUCGGCACGCUGGCUUUUAAAUUCUUGCGACUCUAUUGAUCAGUCGCCUGCCAAACCAAAUAAAAAUGCUAUCGGCAAAAAAUUCUCAUCCGUUGAUUUCAUCGACACGGCGGGAUCGAACUACAGCAAUAAAGGGUGGAGUAUAACAUGUUUGCGCCCCGCGCCGCCCCUGCGGCCGCAAUCCUUUACGGUGGGAUCCGAUGAGAACAUAGGCCCGACGCAUCCGUAUGCACCACAUCAACGAAAGUCAAAUUCCUAUGAAGAAGACGCUCUUAUUCUCAAGGUCAUCGAAGCCUAUUGCACUUCGGCGCGCUGUAGAAAUGCUGUAAGUUCUGUACCCAAUAUACCACUGGAGAUAUUCGAGGCUACAAGGAGGAGACAUGCCAAGUCAAGAAACCGUAUUAUCAUGGAUUGCGGUCACUUGUCUCUUGGUAAAGUACAAUAUCACGCACCCGCUUCUAACAUUUUUCACUAUAACUACACUAAAUUGCCUAUCGUCCAAAGAAGUGAGACCCCUGACUACGUAGGCUGCAGCAAGUCUUCGAAAGUGAAGCGUAACAAAAGCUCAGCUGCCGACACUUACCUGUACCGCGGCCCCGAGACGAGGAGGCUGCUCUCGGAACGCAAGUUCCAGAUGAACCGUUCUAACCCGAAUCUAUGGGAAUGUUCAGAGGAGCGCAGGCAGAAGCUGUGCGAGGGUCGGGAACGGCGCAGCGGGUCGCACCCGAGCCUCGCGGCGGCGCUGCGCGCAGUCGCUCCCGCCUCCGCGCCCGCGCCCGCCCCGCUCGGCGCUCCCCGCGCCGCUCGCUCAGCACGGUCCUCCACUUGGUGCUGCGGAUCUUUCGUCAAACAACUCACCAAAUCUCACCACUUCGACUGACACAAGUAGUUCCUCUCUUUUUCGAUCAUUUGACCCUGGUCCUCAAAAGGCGUCUAUCAUUCAAUUAAUCCAUCAUUAAAAAUUACAUGAAUGUGCGUGAACAAUUGAACAUUGACCCAGUUUUAAUAUUAUUAUUAUUACUAAACGAUGACUCAUACUAAUGACAUUUACUUAGGACUAAAAGAAAUUGAUUCUGUUCGUACCAUUAUUUUUAAUGGAUGUGGCUCUGUAACGAUUUAACCAAAGCGAUAUUUAAAAAAAGUGUUAAAGUUCUGGUUUAACCAUGAUUCGAAUUGGAAAUAAGACGGGAGGAACCCUACCUGGGUGUAAUUUAGCAUAGUAAAGGAAACUACAUUUUCUAGUCAGAAAAGUAUAUUUUGGAAAUAUUAUCGUCUUAUUUUCUUUUGCGAAAGCUAAUGUGACUGGCUUGUUAUCGCCUUAACACGCGUAUAUAUAUUACUAUAACGAGUGCAGUAUUAUUAAUAUAUUAGGUUAGAUUUACAAAUCAAUUUAAUUUUAUAGGUUGGCUUUUUGAUUGUAUUAUAGAUAAUAAAAUUGAUGGUGCAUAUUGGAUAUAAUAAUAUAAAAUGCAUGCGCAUUGAAUUGUGUAGAACAUUAUUUAUACUAAUAUGUUGGGAGUAGUCCGUAGUGCCGGGUUUAAGGUGUGACAUGGUAGGUGAAGCUUUAUGAAAAUUGCGUCAGUAUCCAAAACGGCUCGCAGUUUCAUUUCUCAGGUGAGACUAUUUCGGGAGCAGUGGCAGCAGCCCGCCGUUACUAUAUUAAUGAUUUAGUGCUAUAAGGAGCGUUUUGUGCUUUGUAACGUUCCUAACUACAAAAGUGAAUCUGUUUAGCUUAAACCAAAAAUCAAACUCACCUGUAGGUACUUAUCGCGCGUUAGGGAACAAAUUCGAGUAUUUUUGAGAACGUAUUCCAAAAACUUUUACUACUUAUAUGUAUUUUACAAUAUUUUCUUUAAUUUGUAAAGUUUGUAUACAAGAAGCAUACCUAUGUCAUAUUGUUAAAACAAUAUGUAUAUUGUCUUAACCAUCUAUCAAGCCGAUUUGAUAAUUGAAGAAGAUGCUUUAAAAUAGAAUUACACAUUAUUUUUGAUUUGGGCGUGUUAGAAUCAUCGCAGUGAGAAGUUAUAGGCUGUGCCAAGUGUAGUUCAGCUAGCAGAAAAAGCUUUUAUCGAAAAUUAAAUUUUAGCAGAAACUUUUAUAAACUACUAACUACUACUAACUUAAAUAUACUAGUAAAUUUAUAUGCGUAUCACAAAAAAAAAAAGAAAAAAGAAAAAGAUAAAUAUCAGUUUAAACGUCUAUGUUUAUGCUCGUUUCAAAAUACUUUAUUGAAAGAUACGUGUGUCGCUCAAAAUUUAGCAUGCGUGAUGAUGAGUAACACACGGUGCGUGCGACAGGUUAGAUUUACUUAAAUGUUUGAUUAAAAACAAUUUUGUGCCGUCAAUAGGUGCCAUAUAAGCAAAUAAGCAUAACAUAAACUCAAUUUUCACUAUACGACACCUAUACUCGUACCUACUAAUGUUGUUUAUUUAAGCAUACUAUAUAAACAUCAUGGAACGGUAUGCGAAUAAUUUCGAAAAAUCGACACAUUGAGUUCAAAUGUAGUUCUGUAGUUGUAGUUGGUAAAAGUGUAAGUAGAUUAAGGAUAAUGUGACAAGUAAAUUAUUUCUUUUUUAUUGUAUGUUUUUAGUAGAGGAUUUCAAUUAUAAAAAAUAGCAAUUAGGGACAUAUUAUGUAUAUCUAAAUAUUAUAAAAUUUUGCGUGUUCAAUAUAUGUCGGAGACGCUAGACGCUACGAAUACGUUGGUCUUCUUUUUAGGGUUCCGUCGUCAAAAGAAAAAACGGAACCCUUAUAGGAUCUUGUUGUCCGUCCGUUUGUCUGCCAAGAACCUUUAUCUCGGGAAGGCGUUGAGGUAUCAAUUUGAAAUUAAAACCUUAUACUCAGGUCUAGAGUCCCUUGAAGCUGUAAAAAUAUCAAACUUCUAUGUUACCGUAAAAAAAGAUACGGAAUUCAAAUUUAUAGGGUACUUCCCGUUGACGUAGAACAAGUAAAAUUGUCAUACACUAUAACUACAGGGAAAAAUCUCAAAACUAUAAAUUUGUAAAAAAUAAAAAAUAAAAAUUUGUACGGAACUCUCGGUGGGCGAUUCCGACUCGCACUUGUCCGAUUUUUAGAUAUAAAAUUAAUGACAUCCAAGUAAUCUAUAUAUUCUAUCUUAUAAAAUGUAUAAUUGACCUGAGUACACGUGAGGAGGUUCCUAAUAGAAACAUGAGUGAACAUUAGGUGUUGCAGUGGGUAAUCAGAGCACCAGGGCGGCGCGGCGUGUUAUUCGUUAAAUAUUGAAUGCAAACGCGCCACUGCAACCGUGCAACGUGUAUGUAAAUACCCGGCCACUAGACUACAGCAGUGCCAACUGCAAUAUUGCAAAAUACCUAACUCCGUUGAUCGUUCUUAUGCCCGAAUUUGUUACAAUGUAGAUAACGAGCAUGCAUUGCGCGUGGAUAAGGAUUGACGCUUUUUAUAAAUAGAAGUAUAAAUUAAUUAUAAAUUUAUCGUUAUACAUAUUCUACAUGUGAUGUUAAAUCCGAGGUGUACAAAAAUAAUGUUUUACUGUGGCAUAAUCUACCUGGCAAAACAUUUUAGGUAUUUCAAACAAGCUUGUAGCUAAGGAGGCAAUUAUAGCUGCUUAAUGAAUUUAAUAUUCCUAUAUGUACAAUGCUUUUUUUAUAUUAUUCAAACAUUAUUACCAAUUACUUACCAAUUCAUUAAUGGAAUGAAUAUUAAUUUGUUAAUACAUAUUAUACAAAACUUAAAAACUGUUAAUAUUGGUAACUUUCUAUAAAACUUCGUAGCCUGAUAUUUCUCCGCUUUAUUUUACUAGGGCCGCAGACUACUACUUAAAGCAUAGAUGUGCAAAAAUGUUUGGGUCAUACCUCCUGAGUCUCAGAGGCUCUUAUAAAGGGUUUAUUCCAAAACGUAAUUUUAACUUUGAUUAAAUAAUUCAAGAUUCCAAAAUCAGAAACCAAAGUAACGAUUCUGGGACUUAGAAGGCUAUACAUGUCCGGGUAAGAAGGGCAAAAAAUGUUGUUACAUUUUUGACCAUUUUAUUCGUAUAAAUACAGGGAUAGAGAUCAAAAUAAAUCCUGGGCUUGUAAAUAUGUAUGAAAUAUGUUUAAACUUUUUGUUAUGUUAUACUAACCGGGACGUGAUACCUUAUAAUAAAAUUAUCCAACGCAGUGAAAUAGUGCUAGGAAAAUAAAUUGCUCUAUGAAUUCCUUACCACGUAACAAAUCCUUACACUCUAGGCUCAUGGAUACUACUCGUGAUAUAUCCGCAAAUUUUUAAGUGUAUACAUAUAAAUAAACAGUUGAGUUUUGUGUAACCUCAUUUUGCUUGCGAGUUGGUCGGUAAAAUUAUAAAUAAGGUAUAAUUAUGACAUUUAUAACUUACAAAAUCAAAGUUUCUUGAUUUCUCUCUAAUAUCCGUAUGUCUAAUAUUAUUAUUGCUUCUACGUGUUAAAUGUAAUCUCAAUUAGAUCGAAUAAGGACGUUGUAUUGUCUUUCAAUUGGAGUCAGGAACGCAGGAAUACUAAAUUAAUUAUUUACUUCCCCCGUCCCUUUACGAGUAUGGUGAUUGUGUUUGUAACAAGGAUAGGAAUAACAUGGAUUCAAACAUCCAAGAAAUGUCUUGGACGGAAAUACGACCACCAUACUCGUAGGUGUCUUGUUGUAUUUUUUUUGUAAUUGAUGUAAGUACUAAUUUAAUUAAUUCGUUUUAAAUAAAAUGCACAUCAUGUAUUUUACUCUUAGCGUUGCCUUACGGAUUUGGUGGAAAAGACAUAGAUAAAGUGCGAUUUUUUCUUAUUGACUGUAUUGAGUAGCUAUUUAUAGCAUUUUAUUUAAAACAAUAUUUAUGUAACCAUGAGAUGGUAUGAUGAAAGAAUCCGCCAUAACUUAAAUAUUUUAUGUAUUUUUCGUCCUGUGUAACUGUUUAAUUUAUGGGUAUUAUUUAUAUACUUUGUUUUUGACAACCAAUGUUUUAGGCAGUUUUAAAAACUGUAGUGAGUAUAUUAAAACUAUUAAAUAUCGUUAAUAUAUAUACUAUACCUACAGUGUUGCAUUGACAUAAAUUACGACUAGUAUGCAUAUACAUAUAUGUAUUAUAGUAACUACAUAGUUUAUAAUUUAUUUUUUGAGCAAAUUAUAUGAAAUAAAUAUGUACCUACAA